AUGCGAGCAGCUACAACAUCAACGCGCCGUGUGCUCACGCGUCAAAUUGCGUCCUGUAGGCCCGCCACUUCUUCAUCUUCAGGUUUCCAGACUGCUGCGUAUGUGGCUGUAAGUGGUGGUGUUGUAGCUGCUGUAGUUGCUGCCUACAAUGGCGUAGUACCGCACGAAUGGGUUAUCCGGCAGCUUGCCGAGCCUUUCAUGCCCAUUGUGCGGCUCUUUGACCCAGAAACGUCUCACCAGAUUGCAGUAAACUGCGCACGCUUUGGCCUGACGCCCAAGGAUCCAGAGAUCGACCCGGAGCUGCUUCAUAUCAAGGCACUGGGGCUUCAAUUCACCAAUCCAUUGGGUAUUGCUGCUGGCUUUGACAAGGACGGAGAAGCGAUAAACGGCAUGCUGGAUAUGGGCUUUGGAUGUGUUGAGAUUGGCAGUGUUACUCCAAAGCCGCAACCAGGCAACCCAAAGCCCCGAGUGUUCCGGUUAAACGAGGAUCUUGGCGUGAUCAAUCGCUACGGCUUCAAUAGCAAAGGAUUGGAGUAUGUCCAAGCGCGUCUUGAGAGAUACGUUGGAUCACGUGCCAAACGCCAAGCACCUGGAAAUGGCCAUCGUUCUGGAGUUCUUGGAGUCAAUUUAGGCAAGAACAAGCUGACAGAAGACGCAGCUGCUGACUACGUGAAAGGUGUACAGGCGCUAGGCAAAUACGCCGACUAUCUUGUGGUGAACGUGUCAUCCCCCAAUACUCCAGGUCUGCGUACUCUUCAGGGCAAAAUUCAGCUGAAGAAUCUUCUGGUGCGAGUGAUUAAGGCCCGUGACGAGGUCGCAGCUACUGAAAAACGCAACAUUCCACUUCUUGUAAAGAUUGCACCAGACCUCACGGACGAAGACAAGAAAGACAUUGCUGAUGUGGCACUUGAUCUUGAGCUGGACGGGCUUGUGGUGUCUAACACAACUUUGAGUCGACCAGAUUCUCUUAAGAGCGCUGCAAAGCUUGAGACGGGCGGCUUGAGCGGCCUGCCAGUACGUGAUCUAUCCACUAAGGUCCUUGCCGAUAUGUACAAGUUGACCAAGGGAAAGAUCCUGCUCGUUGGUGUAGGAGGUGUCUGUACUGGUCAGGACGCGUACGACAAGAUCCGUGCUGGAGCCUCGCUCGUGCAAAUGUAUUCGUGCUUAAUCUAUGAAAGUCCGCUAGCUGUACCACGCGUCAAGAAAGAGCUGGCUGCGCUGUUACGUCGUGACGGCUACGAGAGCGUGAUGGACGCUAUUGGUGCUUCCCAAAAGUAG